AUGGUCAAAGUAGCUGUUGCUGGAGGCACCGGAGGCCUGGGGCGAACCAUCAUCGAGGCCAUUCUCUCAACCAAAAAGCAUGAAGUCUACAUACUCUCAAGAAGGUCCAAUCCUGCUAUCGCUGCAGAGCUUGGAGUAACCGUCGUCAGUGUUGAUUACUUUGACACCGGCGCUUUUGUCAAGGCUCUCGAGGACCAUCAGAUACAUACAAUCAUCUCGACUUUGUCAGCUUUGUCAAUGACAACCACGGACGGUCCGUCUCCAGAGUUGGAGCUCAUAAAGGCUGCUGAUAUAUCAAAAACGACCAAGCGAAUAAUUUCGAAUAGCUGGGGUAUCCCUUAUACUGAGGAACAUAUGAAAGAUCACCCUUUGGCCGUUCCCAAACUCCAGGCCAUUCAAGCCCUCAAGGAUGCCAAAGACCUUGAGGGAUGCGCCAUUUCAAAUGGAUAUUUUCUCGACUACUACGGCAUGCCAAAAGUUAAGUCGCACAUGCUACCAGCGACUAAUGUCGUUGACAUUGCCAAUGAUGCGGCUGGAAUCCCCGGUACUGGAAACGACCCGGUGGUAUUCACUCACACCUUGGACGUUGCUAAAUAUGUCGCGGCAGCCCUAGAAUUGGACAAGUGGGAUCUACAAAUGUUCAUCAUUGGAGACAAGGUUACAUUCAAUGAGAUGGUCGACAUCGCUCAGAAUGCAAAGGGCACCAAGUUCAACGUCUCCUACGACAGCAUCGAAAAGCUUAGGAGUGGUAAAGUCACUGAGCUCCCCGCUCAUUUGCCAGUCUAUCAGUUCUUUCCGAAGAAUAUGCUUCAAGGUUUCUUCUCUACCUUUGGCCUUUGGUUUAUCGCAGGGCUCUUUGAUUUGAAGCCUGCCAAGACCCUGAACCAGAUUUUCCCAGAGAUUAAGCCCAGAACAGUCCGGGAUGUUGUAGAAGCCGGUUGGAAGCGGUGA